AUGGGUAAGAAUCUCCAUUUUGACUUGAAGAGAAACGAGAUGCCGUGUACAAAGCACUCCCGUCGGUCCCAGGCUGCCAAGAAGAGGAUUGCAGACCGGAUGGCUGCUGAUCCUGAAGAGGUUUUGCCACCUCUUAAAACAUUGGCAAAACCUGAAAAUCCUAAAAACCCUGAAAAUCCUAAAAACCCUGAAAAUCCUAAAAAAACUAAAAAACCUGAAAAUCCUAAAAAACUUAAGCAUGAUCCUAAGAUUGAACUUAAUACUGAACUGAACCAUGACUCUAAGAUUGAACUUAAUACUGAACUGAACCAUGACUCUAAGAUUGAACUUAACACUGAAUCUAAGUCUGAUCCUAAGAUUGUUUGCACGUUCCUAGCCAUGAUCCUAAUUCUAAGUCUGUCUCUAACUCUGAUCCUAAGUUUGAUUGUAAUCAUGAUCUGGACCACAAGUGACCUGGAUGCUGUUCUGGUAAAUGGUGACAAGUUGUACAGUGCCAUGAGAGAUGCUGGGAAAAUCAACGAUCCUGUUCGAGGCUUCAUACGUGAUCAUGAGCUGCCUGAUAUGCACACAUUGAACAAUUAUGAUUUUUCAAUAAACUAUGGUGAAUCAUAUACUGGACUGUUUGGUGUAAAUGAAUAUGAUAAAGAGCUGAAAGGUGUAAAGGCAUAUAGCAUCCACAAGUACAAUACAGAUGCGGAACACAGAGAGUCUGUAAAAAGGUAUAACAUUGGAAAAUAUAUAAACAAUGAUGCAUAUAGAGAGUCUCUGAAGGCUUACAGUGCAAAAAAAUACAGUGAAGAUGAAGCACAUAGAGAAAGUCUCAAAUCAUUUAGUGUAAAAAAGUACGAGGAAGAUGAAGCACACAGAGAGAGGCUCAAAUCAUUGAGUGUAAAAAAGUACGAGGAAGAUGAAUCACACAGAAACAUGGUCAUAGAUUACAAUAUACAGAAAUAUAAAAAUGAUAAUAGUUUUGCCAGUAGUAUAAAAAUGAGAAAUGUUGAAACACGAUGUGUGGCACACAUGAAAAGAAAGGAGAUAGACUGUGUGAUUGAACAAUUUAAAGAAAAAAUAUCUAUUGGUCCUGAAUAUGUUUGUUCAGUAUGCCAUCGCUGCUGUUUUAAAAUGCAGGUGAAACCUUGCAAAAUACAUACAUACUUUCAAAAAUCUGUCAAUGUUGGCAAUAUUGCAGAAAAAUGUAUAACAUUUAAUUAUCUUCAUGAAUGUGUUAGCAACUGUAAUGAACACUGCAUAUAUAGAAACAGUCCAGCUGAAUCUUUGUGGAUUUGUUAUACGUGUCAUCGAAAAAUAUGUGAAGGUAAAAUGCCUGCAGAAAGUGUAGUAAAUAAUCUUGCUCUGGAUCCCAUUCCUAAUGAAUUGAGUUGUUUAAACUCUCUUGAACAACAUCUAAUAUCAAAGAAUAUUCCAUUUAUGAAACUUGUGGCUUUACCUCGUGGGGGCCAAAAUUCGGUUCAUGGUCCGAUUACUUGUGUUCCAUCUAAUGUUACAGAUGUUGUGAAUGUUUUACCAAGAUCAGAAAAUGAUGAUUUGAUGAUACGAGUGAAGCUUAAGAGGAAAUUAACCUACAAAGGGCACUAUGAAUAUCAAUUUGUACAUACUGAUAAGAUAAAAACAGCACUAACAUAUUUAAAAGAAAAUAACAAAUGGUAUACAGAUGUAGAGUUUAACGAUAGUUGGAUUAAUCCUCUCAGUAAAACAGUAGAAGAGAUCAAUAAUAAAAGUAAUAAAAAUGAACUUGAUUUAGACAUUAAUGAAAAUGAAGAUGACAUCUCUGAUGAAACACUUCAUGAUCGCCAACAACAUGGCUUGUUUAUGGAUUCAUGUUUACAACCAGUAGACUUGGGACAGGAAAUCUUAGAUCAACAUUUUAAUGGUAUUACAUCAGUUGCACCAGCAGAGGGCAAUAAUCCUGUGAGAAUGUUAAUGGAUGAAAGUAAUGAAGCUAAAUGCUUUCCAACUCUUUUCCCCAAAGGAACAGGGACAUUUCAUGCUCCAAGAUCUGAAAAAAUAACAUUGUCUAGAUAUUUAAACAAUAGAAUUUUAAAUGCUGAUGGACGUUUUGCCCAAAACCUGGAUUACAUUUUCUAUGGACAAUAUUUAUCUGAGCUCAAUCAAGUUAUUUCAAAUGUAUCUAUUGCUUUAAGAAAAGGCUAUGACACAAACAACAUACACAAAAUUACAUCAGAGACACUGAGAAACAAAGAGUCACUGCAAAAGAUUUUUAAUUUUGAUGAGGGUUACAAAUUCUUAAAGCCUGUGAGAGGAACUCCUGUUUUUUGGCAAAGUGUUCAGAAAGAUUUGUUUGCAAUGGUAAGACAACUUGGUAUCCCAACUUGGUUUUGUUCGUUUUCUUCAGCCGAUUUGAGAUGGACAGAACUAAUGAAAACUUUAGCAAAACAAGAAAGAUGUGAAAAACCUCUUGAUGAACUGGACUGGUCUGACAGAUGUGGAAUGCUUAAACGUAAUCCUGUAACAGCUGCCAGAAUGUUUGAUCAUCGAUUUCAUUGCUUCCUGAAAGAUGUUAUUAUGUCACCAGCUCAACCAAUAGGAAAAAUAAUUGAUUAUUUCUAUCGAAUAGAAUUUCAACAACGUGGAUCACCUCAUACACAUUGUCUAUUUUGGGUGGAAAAUGCUCCUCAGGUGGACAGAGAUGAUGAUGAUAAGGUUGUAAAAUUUGUAGAUCAAUACAUAACUUGUGAGAUGCCUUCUGAAGACGACGAAAUGUAUGAAAUUGUGAAUAAUGUUCAACGACACAGUAAAAGACAUUCCAAGACAUGCAAAAAGAAGGGUACUACAUGUCGAUUCAAUUUUCCCCGUCCAGCAAGUAAAAACACUUUCAUUACAAGAAGUUGCCAAAAUGAUGAAAAUGAAGAUGAGAAUCAACCUGAUAAUAUAAAACGUGUAAAAAAAAGCAAAAAGAUGAAUAAUUGUAAACAAAUACCAAAAGAAAUAGCUGAAGUUAUAGUAAAGAAAGUAAAAGAGUGUUUGUUGAAUACUGAUAUUGUGUUUGACUCAGUAGACUCUUUGUUUGAAACAGUAGGUAUAAAUCAAGAAUUAUUUGAAGCAGCUUAUAACAAAAUGACAAAGAAAACAAGUGUUCUUUUAAAAAGAAAGCCAUGUGAUAUAUGGGUGAAUCAGUAUAACAGAGAUCUUUUACGAUGUUGGAAUGCAAACAUGGACAUACAGUUUGUUGUUGAUGCUUACUCUUGUAUAGUUUAUAUAAUUUCCUACAUUUCCAAACAAGAGAGAGAAAUGGGAUUAUUGCUGGCAAAUGCUCAGAAAGAAGCAUACAAUCAGGGCAACAUGGAUGCAAAACAGGCUUUAAGAAAACUUGGAAGUUUGUUUUUACAUAAUCGAGACGUUUCAGCUCAAGAGAGUGUUUAUCGAUUAACUAACAUGAAACUAAAAGAGGGAUCAAGAAAAGUAGUUUUUGUUCCAACUGGAAGUAAUACAGUGAAAAUGAGUUUACCCUUAAAAAUCAUAAAUAAAAAAGUUGAAAGUGCAGAAAAUGAAAAUGAAGAAAUAUGGAUGAAAAGCAUCACAGACAGAUACAGAGCUCGUCCAAAAACAGAACAUUUUACUGAAAUGUGUUUAGCAACUUUUGCAUCACAAUACAGAGUUUUGUCAAAAUCUGAAAGGUCUUCCGACAGAGUAGAAUUGGAAAAUGACAUGGGUUUUGUGAGGAAAAGAACUCGCACAGAUUUUGCUAUUAUACGAUAUGCUCGCUUUUCACCGACUAAAAACCCUGAAAACUAUCAUCAAAGUAUAUUAGAGUUAUUUUUGCCUCAUUUUUUGAAAACCCAAUUAAAACCCGCUGAUUUUAAUUCCCAUCAGAAUUUCUAUGAGACUGGAUAUGUUAAAAUGUAUAAAGAUCAGCUUCAAUCAGUAAAAAGUAUAGUGGAUACAAAUAUGGCAAAAUUUGAAAAAGAAGCAGACACAAUACAGAAAGCCCAACAAGAUUUAGAACAACAUGGACCAAUGGAAGAUGCGUGGGCACAAAUCUGUCCAGAAACAGAACUUGAACGUUUAGAAUGUCUGGAGAGUAAAGAACUACAAAUAGAAACAGAUGAAUAUGAUGAUGUCAUACCUGAUCUAUUACCAAAUGCUGGUGUUUCCACAUUAGAAAGAAAUCCAUCUGCUAUGUCAAAGAAAGAUGCAAUGGCUUUGCUACGUUCUCUAAAUGAAAAACAGACACAAAUCUUUUACAAAGUUCGACAGUGGUGUUUAGAUAAAGUACAAGGUGAAAACUCAGAUCCAUUUCAUGUGUUUAUAUCUGGUCCAGGAGGUGUUGGAAAGUCAGUGCUGAUUAAAGCAAUCUAUUAUGAAACUACUCGCAUUCUUUCCAAGCUGUCAGAGAACCCUGAUGAGACACAUGUACUGUUAACAGCUCCGACUGGUGUUUCUGCUUACAAUAUUAAUGCUGCCACUAUACACAGCACUUUUUCUAUUGGAACAAAUGCUACACUGCCUUAUCAGCCACUUGGAGAUGAAAAAAUUAAUUCAUUGAGAGCAAAAUUUGGAAAACUGCAAAUAUUAAUAAUUGAUGAAAUUUCUAUGGUUGAUCAUAAACUUCUUGCAUAUAUUCAUGGAAGAUUGAGACAAAUUAAACAAACAGGAGAUUAUUCACCAUUUGGAAAAGUCUCUGUUAUAGCAGUUGGAGAUUUUUAUCAACUGCCUCCUGUUAAAGGAAAGGCACUUUACACUGAACCAAAUGGUGUGAAUUUGUGGGAAACUAACUUCAGUAUAAUUGAGCUAACAGAGAUCAUGCGCCAGAAAGACAAAAACUUUGCAGAAAUAUUAAAUCGUUUAAGGCUUCGUAAGAAAGAUGAACCAAUGCUUGAAAAAGAUAUUGUUACUCUUAAAAGCUGUGAAACUGGUGACGCUGAAUAUAGUAAAGAUAUCCACAUAUAUGCAACUAAUAGUGAAGUUGAUGAGCAUAAUGUAAAAAUGUUGUACAAAAUCUGCUCUGACACAGUUACAAUAAAUGCACAGGACUUUGAGAGAAAUGCCAAAACUGGCCGAAUGGAAAGAAAAGAUGGAUUUCAUUCCAAAGUUCACAGCAGUUCAUUGGAGAAAUCUCUUGAAUUAGCCAUUGAUGCUCGAGUAAUGUUGUUGAAAAAUAUUAAUGUUUCGGAUGGCCUUGUAAAUGGAAUAUUUGGAACAAUUAAAGAAUUCCAUUAUGAUGAUAAUCAAACAUUUCCAUCAAAACUAUACAUUGAAUUUGAUGAUAAACUAGUUGGUAAAGAAGCCAGAAAUAAAAAUCCAUGCUUAAGACCCGGACUUGAAAAAACAACACCCAUAGAACCAGAAGAAGAAAAAGUAACAAAUAGUGGUGGUAUGAGAAGACAGUUUCCUUUAAGAUUGGCCUGGGCAUGUACAGUUCAUAAAGUACAAGGUCUGACUGUAAGCAAAGCUGUUGUUUCACUGAAAAAGAUAUUUGCUCCAGGACAAGCAUAUGUUGCAUUAAGUCGAGUGACCUCUCUUGAUGGACUGAUAAUUGAAGACUUCAAUGAAAAAGCAAUUUUUUCAAAAGGUGACAUUGAGCAAGCUCUCCAGGUAAUGCCUCCAUUUAUUACUCAAAGUCAAACAACAGAAAGUUUACAAUUUAAACUGAUCCUACACAAUGUUCAAGGACUAAUUCCACACAUUUUAGAUAUUCGACAAGAUCAAAGAUAUUUUCAAGCAGAUAUGAUUUGUGUUACAGAGACAUGGCUAAAGCAAAGCUAUUUUGAAAAUGAUAUAACACUACCUGGAUACUCUUUCAAUAACAAAUUACGAAUUCUUUCAUAUGACACAAGUCAUGAUAUUUUUGCUAAACUAAAACAGAAAGAUCAUGGUGGUGUUGGUGUUUAUCACAAACAUAAAGUAAAAGUUGAUGUAGUUAGUUUACCAUGUAUUAACAUUGAAUGUCUAAUGUGUAGUUUAGAACAAUUACACACAACUGUGGCAGUUGUAUACAGACCACCAUCAUAUAACAUGGAUAUGUUUAGACAAAAUUUAACUAAUUUAAUUGAUCAAAUAAAUAGCUUGCAAGGUGGCAAAAUAAUUUUAGGAGAUUUUAAUGAAAACCUUGCAAAUAAAUCAACCAUUCAUGAUGUCAUGAAGGAUAAUGGUUUCACACAAGUUGUUGAAAAGGCAACAACUGAAUAUGGCACAUUAAUUGAUCAUGUAUAUAUGAAAGAUAUUGACUUAAACAAAAUAAAUGUUGAUAUCAUGCCAACAUAUUUUAGUUGUCAUGAAUGCAUUGUACUGAAUUAUUCACAGAUUCUGAAAGUGUAG